GAGUGUUGGUAGGAGACCGUCUCACACGCUCUCUCUUGGUUUUAGUCUUUCAGUUGGUCUUGUGAAACAUGUUCGCUCGUAGAUUUCAGUCAGAUUUUUUAGAAUCAAGAUGUUCUUCGUGUCUUCCUCAUCUUUUCAUCCUUGGUCUGAUUCUUGCUUAUUUUCUCUCCUCUCAUGUUCAAGCAUCUAAUGGUCAAAGAAUGUGCCGGUCAAAGAAUGAAACUUCCAAAUAUCAACACUGUCGGCUUCACCCAGAUGGAGUCCAUGAUUUAGAUUGUUUUGGUAGAUUUAAGAAUCGUGGUAUGAGAGAGUGUGUGUGGAAACCUGGAAACCACACAUCAGAGAAGAUAUACACACUGUUACUGAUACAGAAGAAAAAAAAGGAAUAUUGCAACAUCACCGAAUCCUCUAUAAUCGUCAAGGUAUAUGACAAACUGAACAUGACUGUCAUCGUUUUUGAAAAUGGCGAGUCAGAGAAAUGCACAAAGGCAGUUUUCAGCGGUUCACCGAGUAGCCUUUUGAGAUGUGAUCCUCCAUAUGAAGUGUCCUUCCGCCGCCGGCUGGGAAAUCUACAUGUGAAUGUGAGCUGGCAACAGACUGUCGUAAAGCAUUUCUCUGUGAGGUAUAAGGUGCUGGGAAGCCUGUUAUGGACCGAGCCACCAGUUCAAUCCCAUAACGAAAAGGGAUGCACCGUGGAGAAUCUAAACUCUUCUGUGUUCUACACUGUACAAAUACAAUGUGUCACUACUGAGAAAUGCUCCCAGUGUCCAUGGAGUGAGUCCUACACGGUCCCAUCAGAGCUGACAGCACAGCCGGCCAUCGUCCGGCUUGAAGACAGUGACAUCACAGAGAGAACAGGCAGCAGGCUGCUCUCUCUGCACUGGAAGUUUCCUGCCACAGAGUCGUACAAUGGUUACUAUGUGACCGUUGCUAAAGCGUCAGGAGAGGGUCCGUGCGAGCGGAUGAACACGACUCGGCCUGAGAUCAGACUUAUUCUCUCCUUCUCCUCUUAUCGUCUCAACAUCAGUGCGUGGAACAACGCCAGCAUCUCCCCAGCAGUGAGCCACACGAUACCUCAGCGAGAGGACGUGCACACAGGUCUUGAAGAGGGGAAGCUGAACGUGACCGUCCACAGCAACACAUCUCUUACUGUUUACUGGAAAGACGAUCUCAUCAAAACCUACGUGUGCUUCUCUGCUGAGUGGAUGAGAAAGAGACAUCACAGAGCGUCCAUGUCCUUUUAUCAGAACGCUUACAACUGGAGGACCUUAUCUUCUUUACAAGAGCCCCUGGAGCCUUACAAGAGAUACAGCCUCAUGCUGCACACACGACCAAACAAGGAAACUUGCAACAUCAAGUACAUCAACAGGAGUGAGAGCACCUACGGGACGACACAGUUCUACUCCGUCCAAGGAUCUCCCGUCAGCGCUCCCAACGUCAGCAUCUGCAACAUGACGAGGAAUUCAGUGGUGCUGCAGUGGUCGUCCAUCCCGGAGGACGACAUCAGAGGCUUCCUGCUGGGUUACAUGAUCCACUACACGGAGUACCACCACGGGGGGACGUAUAGGGAGAGAAAUAUCACAGUGGAUCCACAGUCUGACACCUGUGAACUGGGGGAUCUGGAAGGAGGCACAGCCUACCAGGUCCAGAUAUCAGGUUUCACCCAGGCAGGAGCAGGAGUACGAAGCACAACCUGCAUCUUUAAAACCAAGAUGCACCACGGAUAUUUUCGUUAUCUUGCUGGUUACAUCAUUCCCAUUGCUGUUGUGGCCGCUGUGCUGUUUUUUGCAUCAAUAAUGAUAAAGAGAGCGAAAGUCAUCCUGUGGCCCAGCAUACCGAACCCUUUGAACAGCAAUGCAAUGCAGAAAAUAGCAAGACUGGAACUCCUGGAUUCCCUCAAACACCUGAACGUAGAAGAGUCCACGGACAGUCUUCAGAUAGUAGAGAAGGAAGCUUUGGUCCCUCCCAACACAUUAGCAUCAGUGUUAGUGCUCCUCCAUGACGAGGAGGAGGAGGAGGAGGAGGAGGGACACUCACCAGAAAUGACCUGGUUCCAUAGUGACAUCGAAGAGCAUCCAGCUGGAGAUAUCGAACCCGACCACACUACAGACAACUUCCGCAGUCCCCCUUGUGCCUUUUCAAGUGACUACACAACAAUGGAGAUGUUCCAGCAGCAGAUGCCUCAGGGCAGCCCGGCGAACCCAGAGACUGAUCCACAGGACACGUAUUGAGGUCAACAUUGGACCACAUCGGACAAUUAAGUUUCAGUUCAACGCGGGAGGAGGAGGAGAUGUCCACGAUUUUCUAUUGUCAAUGAAUGUCAGAGUCAAGUGACAGUCCAGAUUUGGACAAUGUCGGGGGGAACUACUGUUUCAGAAUCAGAAUCAGAAUCAGAAGUAUUUUAUUGCCAAGUAGGUUUACACCUACAAGGAAUUUGCUCUGGUUAUUGGUGCUUACAAUGAACAUAGAAACAUAAAACGCAAUAAAUACAACAUACAUAGGAAAAGCAAUAAAAAAUAGAAAACCAGUAUAUAUUUACUCACUGUUUACUUAUUUACUCACUUUUUUCCUUAUUUAUACAAAGUAGCAUUUAUUUUGACAUAAACCUUUCUGAAUAAAAAUUUAUGAAAGAUAAAAGAUACAAAAAGUGAAGUAAAAAGUGAAAUGCAAAACAGUAAACAGUGUCCGAUUGCAAUAUGCAAUGUAAUACAGUAUUAUAUAAUAUGAGAUGUGUUCAUUUAUUAAUUUAACACAUCCUUGAGGUGUGGGGGUGCUGGUAGUUGCAAGUCUACAGCUUGGAUUCAAUGAGUUGUAGAUAAUCUAUAACCAAACUACAAGUGCAUUAAGUGCCAACUGCUAAAGGGACAGUUACAAGACUAACUAGAGUAAAUAAGGAUUCAACAAACAAGCUUAUCAUGAAGAACAUCUGAAUGAAAAGUCUCUUUAUUGAGUGUUGCGUUGGAAACAGAAUGAAUAUAUUGUUAGAUUCAAUCUGAGGACGAUCAGAUACAUUCAAGCUCUUCAAAAAGAAACAGUGUCACCAAAUCUGUACAUCGAGCGCCCCAGUCCAGUCCGGCGGGAGAAAGUCAUGUUUCUACAGUAUAUGCUCUAUGUGGUGGAUACACAGGUAUAAAAAAAUAAACCUCUUGUUUUGUUGGAAA